GCAUCCUCUGUGGAUCUGUUCGGUCUGUAUGCGAACUGGAGAGGGUCCAGAGUGUCUGGAAUAAUACUCCAGAUGUAACUCAUGACGAUUCUCUCGAAGCACUUCAUCACUACCGGAGUCAGCGCAACAGGUUGUCCAAUGGACUCCACAGUGCUACAAAAGGGACAAAUACAUGUCAUGUAAGAUGUAAGUUAUUUCUGGAUAUUCAUCAAACAAGAAUAAAAUGAUCUCUGUAUAAUGUUCUAUCAAAUGAUGCGUGUGAUUCUUCUGAUAAGUAUAAAUAUAACCCCAGUCACAUACAACCCCUGUUUUGCAUGUGACCGGGCAGAAUAUGAAAUAAAUGGACAGUGUUGUCCUAUGUGCUUUCCUGGAACUCGAGUGUACAGAGACUGUACAGCGCAAACUAGCACUUCCUGUGCCCCCUGUACUGGACCCACUUACACUGACAAACCAAAUGGUCUCACUCAGUGUACCUCGUGUACAGUAUGUGACCAAGGUUUUGGUUUAAAGACAGUGAAGGAGUGUUUAACCACUUCAAACACAGUGUGUGGAGUCCUGGAAGGGAACUAUUGUACAGAUUUUUCUGAAGGAGAAUGCAAGAAAGCAGAAAAACAUACAACCUGCAAACCUGGACAGUUCAUCAGACACCCAGGAACAGACUCUACUGACACUGUGUGUGAGGACUGCCCUGAAAACUCUUACUCCAAUGGAUCUUCUUCGUCCUGUACAUCACACACAGAUUGCGAGUCCAAAGGACUUCUCACGAUGAAACCAGGAGACAGUGUGUCUGAUUCUGAGUGUGGAGAGAAAAAACGGAAGUAUCUUAUAUUCCCUGUCAUAUUUGGUGUUGCGGUAUUGGCAGUAGGGCUACUUUGCAUAUAUCAGAAAAAGUUAAAAGGAUGUACCUUGCUUGGCACUGCACCCUGUGCUUCUGGGACUGGCCCUGGACCACUGGAAACCUGAUUUUCAUAAGUAGGUCACGGGGAACCGGAGCCUACCUGGCAACACGGG